CCGUCAUAUAAAUUUGAACUUCAAUCUAAACGCGAAAUACGAAUUUUUUAUUGAUUUCUUCAUUCUUUGUGAGAUUUAUAGUGUACAUAAUAACUUUUCCUUCAUAUUUGUUACGUAUCAACAAAGUAUUAUAAAGUCCAAUACUAUUGAGAAUAAUAUAUAAUUCCUUGUAUUAUUGAUAUCCAUGUCUACACAAUCCAAAACAAUGCCGUUGAUUGAUCUUAAAGUGUACAUUCGCGUCGUCGCUGCGGUAUUUUCGAUAUCAUCAGCAACUGCUAUUGUCAUGACUUUGUUGCGCGUUCUAAAUCCUCAGUUGUAUUAUUUAGAUGCAUUAAACAACAGGGAUAUGGCAACAGCCGGCCACUUUACUCAUGUGCAAAUUGGACACAGUAAAGUAAUGGAUUACAGGACUAUACACUAUUUUGUCAGUGGUUUCAUGCUUCUAACAAGUACUAUUGGAUUUCUAAACAGCCUCAUAGUCAUAAAUCGCAGCGCUACACAAAACACAGGUCGGAAUAUAACAAUAUGGCUGUUGCUGGAUUCCCUGUUUGAGACCUCUAGAGUUGUGUAUGUGUUUCUGUGUGAAAUUAUACUGAAGGGAAAGGGACCAUUACAAUUCUAUGAACUGUUGAUUACUAUCAUACAAUAUCUGCUGGACAGCUUUCUCUAUUGCCAAAUGAUACUCAGGCACUAGUAUUAGGAGUUACUUUUAAUUUGCAUUGUUAUUAAUUGUUAAUCUCGUUGGGCAGAGCUAGUGAGAAGAUAUUUACAAAUCACAACCCAAACAUAGACAGUGUUGUACGUCUUUAAAGUUCUCAGAACAACAUUGUAUAUAAUUUUAAAUUUUACAUCA